AUGGCAGCCUCUCCUGUCAACCCCAAAUCCCAUCAACACACUCACUCUAACAGUUUGCCUACUAGAACACACCCACUCAUUUCAGAAUUCAAUGAUCAACUGAGCAAAUUGAGAGAUUUUGAAGAAACCUCUCCAUCAUCAACGUCAAUUUGCCAGAAACUAAAAGGCCUUCAAGAUUUGCAUGAUUGUGUUGAUAAGUUGCUCCUAUUGCCUUUCACACAAGCCUUGGCACAAGAACAGCACAAGAAAUGGUUUUAUGAGAUGUUGGAUGGAUCUCUUAUGCUCUUGGAUGUGUUUGGUACUGCAAUAGAUGCCUUGUUGAAAACAAAGGAAUGCACACGUGAACUUCAAUCAACUCUGCGCAGAAGAAAAGAUAGUAACAUGGAGAUCGCAAGGGAGGUUGAGAAAUACUUGGCCUCAAGGAAGAUCCAAAAAAAGGCAUUGCAAAAGGCCUUAAAAGGCAUGCAAAUUAAGAUUAAUUACAAGAACACUGAAGAUUUUCUCAUUAUUAGCAUGUUAAAAGAGCUAGAAGUUGUAACUCUCACUGGAUUUGAAUCCCUGUUAACUUUGUUGCUAAACCAAACUUGCAAUCAAAGUCAAGCAGCUGGUCUUUGGUUUCCAAGUUGGCGCACCACAAAAGAGUGGUAUGUGAGAGUGCAGAAUCAGAUGCAAAUGAGUUUGAUAUGGUAGAUGCAGCAUUACAAUCUCUCAUCAGCCACAAGAAAAGCAAAUCUGAUUAUUUUGUGCAUAUAGAAAAUGUGCAGACCUGGCUUGGAAAGUU